CAAGUAUUGCUCAAUUACAUUAUAUGUACGAAUUACCACCCAAAACCCCGAUAAAUCCAUCCUAAACACAAAAUCGAAUGUGUUUUUUCCGAAUCGAAUCUCACUCUUCAGCCACCACCAAUCAUGACUUAGGCAUGUUUCAAACUAACCACAGAAUCAUGCACCAUGCAUGAAGAAAUGGAUGAACAGAAGAAGAAAGAAGAAGCAUGAACUAUAUAACUUUCCACUGGACUUCACUGCUGCUCUUAAUUUCUUUUGUGCUAGCUUCAACAAUGAAAGUGGUUGUGGAGAUAUUGACAGGAAGCCUCUUCCAUGUUGACGUAAAGGACGACGACAAUGCCACAGUUGCUGAUCUCAAACAAGCAAUCGCAAGCCAUCAGAAGUUACCCUUUGAUCGCUUGAUCCUGCUGCAGGGAGAUGGAGGGGAGGAAGCUCUUCUAGAUGAUGACUCGCCACUUGCUGAUUAUGGGAUUCACGAUGGAUCUCACAUUUACCUCUUCUUUAAGUUGUUGGAUGAUGGCUCCUCCCACAACUUCGUUUUCACUAGCCCUGAGGCCUCCUUUUGAGUUAGCUUUUGUUGUUGUUAUUGUUAUUUGCUUCUUGAUAGAAGAUUUCUUCAAAUAUGUGUAGGACGUAUGAGUGAGAUCAAAGAUAUAUAGGAACUAAACUGUAAUUCCUAGC